AUAAAGCCUAAGAACUGGGCGUCGGAUUCACCAGUCACCAUCUCACUGGCCGUGUGACUGCGGACGAAUUUUUCCCGACGUGAAUAUCGCAAUGAAGUUGGUUUUCAUGCGUGUGUUUCUGUGCUGUGUCCUUCUGUUAUCUGGCGUUUUAUGCAGAAGAAGCGUGAGCGGACGAAGAAGAACAAACUUUGAAAAUCUAUCCCAGUCGAGGAUUUCAGCCUCUGCACAGCGAAUCAUCGAUGUCUGGGAACAACAAGAACAGCAAGAACAACAAAAACAACAACAACAAGAGGAACAGCAAGUCAUCCAAAGUCAGAAUCGGUGGGACGGAACCUGGUUCCAGCAACGCCCUGUUAAAGAUGACUGCGUCUUCGGCUACGACCUGGUGCCCGAGAACCACAUUAAGCCACUCCUCCUGAAAUCGGACAGCAGUGGCUUUCUUUACCCUGAAGAGGAAGGAGAAGACAGAAUCAUGGGCGUGCGGGCGGGGGCGUCUUUCACGGCCGCUUGCCCUGGGGAAAAUAACAAGCUGUUUCUAAACGGACGACGGACAGCCACCAUCACCUGCAGGGGGGGGCGAUUCCUCUACGGCAGAAGGGCCUUGAGCUGGGAUAACUUAGGAUGCGCCGAGAAGCCUUGUCCUAGCAUCAGAGAGGCGGGGUCCUGCGGGCUAGGAGGCACCACCACCGUCAUCGGCUGGGACCUUAAAAGGGGUGUGUUCGUGCCCGAAAUUGAACUCUGCUUCAACAAGAAACUCGAGACGACACUCUACUCGCACCAUGUUGUCCCCGGCAGACACAUCGGCCAGAAGACGAUCGAGCCCGGCCGCCCUUCCUUCAAGAAAGCCGACAUGUUCUCCGGCAGCAUCCAGAACUCGUACCGCAUCAGGAGGCAAAAGGACCUCGUCCAGACGCUGCUGGGUGACCCCUCUCUCCUCACCGGCAAGGGUCAGCAUUACCUGGCCCGAGGUCACCUCACGCCGGACUCCGACUUCGUGCUGGAGGCCGAGCAGGACGCGACCUACUACUACGCCAACGCUGUUCCGCAAUGGCAGGCCAUCAACAACGGGAACUGGAAGAGCUUAGAAAAUUCCGUGCGAGAGUUGGCCGAAAAACACAAGCGCACGUUAGACGUCUGGACAGGAACCCAAGGCGUCCUGGAGCUUCCGGGCAGAAGGCAGCAGCCGGUCAAAGUGUACCUCGGCCUCUCCGACAGCAAGGAGAUUGUUCCUGUUCCUGCGUACCUGUGGAAAGUGAUCUACGAGUCGUAUACAAACAAAGCCGUGGCGAUCGUGAUGGUCAACAACGUCAAUGGUCAAGGAGCGACAAGCCAGGCACCUCCCUGCGAAGACAUCUGCGCCUGGCUCUCGUGGGUGGACUGGGAAGUGGAGGACGCGAGCAGCGGAAGGACCUACUGCUGCUUCGUGGACGACUUGAAAUCCUCCUUUGAGAACGUGCCUGAUCUCGGCCGGGUUAGACUGCUUAGCAAUUGAUGUCCUCGUGGGGACUGGGGUGGGGAGAGGAUAGUGAAGUAACGAAAGAAAGCCUUCUGGGAUUGGAAUGUGAAUAUGUUAGUUAAGGUCACUGAAGUCCUUGAAGAAAGGGGAGGGAAUUGGAAUAUUAAUGAAAUAUGUGUGUGAAUGUUUCUAUGCAAGUGUUUGUCUCUGUUCAUUUGUGUAGACGAAAAUGAAUAUUGAUAUGAGAUUUGUAUAAAAAAAAAAAAAAAAAAAAAUGUAUUUGUCCUGUAUCAGGAUAACAAGUUAACUAUCAAGUUUGUUUGGAAAAAAUCCGAUUGCUCUGUAAUUAGUAUUAGAAAACCAGCAUCACUUUUACUUUUAUUAUAAUAACAUAAAAUUUACUUAACUUGAUGUAAUAUAUAAUAACUAGUAUUUAAGGACGCACCAAGCAAAAACUAUGAAUGUCGAUUAGUGAAGAUAUUACAUAUAAAUUAUUAUCCGAAAGUAAAUAUGUAUAGUAUGCAGUGUACAAUGGCUGUAAGUGUUAUGUAACGAUAUUUUGUCAAAUAUACAUUUUUUUUAACCGA